ACAUCUCAACCGUUAAACCCGAGUGGAGCAAAUAUAACUCUUUUGCAAGGCGUAGAAAGGGUUAGGGUUUGGAAGAUUGUCAGUGGCGUGUGGUUAGGGUUUCUCUGCAUAGGAAGAAGCGUUUUCCGUUUUAUUGCUUUAGCAAAUCAUUUUGCCUCUUUCUUGAAUGGUUCGAUAAACGGAGUGAUUUCUCGCGCGUUUGAUCAUCUGUAACAAAGGAAGCGAAUAAACAAAGCAAAGCAAAGAUGCCAAUGCCUCAGCCUCUCUUAAACAAGAAGAUUGUCAAGAAGCGUGUGAAGAGGUUCAAGAGGCCACAGAGCGAUCGCAGGAUUACUGUCAAGGAGAGCUGGCGUAGACCUAAGGGUAUUGAUUCACGAGUAAGAAGAAAAUUCAAAGGAUGCACCCUUAUGCCCAACAUUGGUUAUGGAUCCAACAAGAAAACCAAGCACUACUUGCCUUCUGGCUUUAAAAAAUUUGUGGUACACAAUGCUAGAGAGCUGGACCUUUUGAUGAUGCAUAACAGGACGUACUGUGCUGAAAUAGCACACAAUGUUUCAACACUAAAGAGAAAGGCUAUUGUGGAGCGAGCUGCACAACUCAAUAUCAUGGUAACCAACAUGCUAGCCAGGAUACAAAGCCAGGAGGACGAGUAGAAAUUGGUCCCGUUUUUAUGGUGAUAGGGGGUAUGAGGAUAGAUUUGUUAACUUGAGUUUUAUUAUCAAGUUGGGAACAGGUAAUCGCUUGAUGCCUAAAAUACAAUUUUGGCUCAGAGGGGAAAUCUCUUUAGCAUUUUUAAUAUUUUUAUGUUUAUGUGAUGCCGUAAGUAUGUUGAAAUAUUUUUGUGUGUGUUGGAUAACGUUGAAUGAGGUUUAACAUGAAAAUGUGGAAUUCUUGAAGUUACUUUUUAUUCUAAUGGUCAUAUGGGAGCAGAUCUCGAUUCAAGUUUA